AUGAUCAGUAGCACGGAUGAGAUAGCAACAGCGGUAGAAUGUCUUGUCUGGGGUCUGAGUCGUUGUUUAAAAGUAUAUCGAAUACCGUUAGAAGAUUGUGAAUCGUCAGCGCUCCCGAACGCGGCAUCAGUACGGCACAAGUGCCAAAAUAUCUUUAAAGAUAUCAUUACAGAUCUCGGAAGGGUUGAACAAUCAUUAAGCAACUCCGAAGAGACAAUGGAUGAUGCCCCGUUAAUAUUCGAUACAUUCAAAACAAUAUCUGGCCAGAGAUCAUUUUGUGAUUUGAGCAGCGAAUCAUUGAAGUUUCUUCUAUUUCAAGCGAUGAUGGAAAUACUCAUAAGACGAACAUAUACUGAAGAUGAUAUUAAACAUAUGUGGAAUCUAUGCUACCAAGACUGUAAACACGAUUGCAAGCAGGCUAAAAAAGUUCGAACGUUUCAAGCUGCAUAUGGACCGGAAAAAGCGAUUAACUAUUAUACGCAAAAUUCGUUUCUUUAUCGACUCAUCAAUCGAGCCUUUCGUCUAGAGGACACUGAUCGUAUAUUCCAAUUUGGCUGUUAUCUGGCAGAUCUACACGAGCAAUUAAAAAACUUAGCCAAUGAACAACGAAACACCGGUCGUCAAUAUUCAAAAACAUUCUAUCGAGGUAAAAGAUUUUCAGCCGAUGUGAUACAAAAAUUCAAAGAUAACGAGCAUCAUCUGAUUACAAUGAAUGGACUUUUUUCUACAACAAAAGACUUUAAUGUUUCCACAGCAUUUGCUGGCAUUGAAGGACAUCAUAACGGCUAUCAUAGAGUUAUAUUUGAGAUUAAUGUCAACGAAGCGGCGGCAAAUCUAAUCAGACCUUAUGCUAAUGUUCGAGACGUCGCUGCAAUUCAAGAUGAGAAUGAAGUAUUGUUUUUCAUGGGCUCUGUUUGGAAAAUUCAGUCAGUAACAGAAUAUGACAACAACGUUUGGUAUAUUGUGCUUGACUCGUGUGCCGAUUAUGAUGCAGAGUUGAUAACCUACAUAGAAGAAACGAGACGUGAUUGCUCAUAUUUGAUUCUCGGCAAUAUUUUACGAGAACUCGGUGAUUACGUCAAUGCUAAAAAUAGUUAUAUGCGCAUGUUGGAAGAUGUCAAAGACCGGAAACUUCCAAAUGAAAUCCGCGGACUUGUUCAUUUUGAAAUGGGUGAGCUCGCUGAUUAUCAGGGUAUCUACAUGGAAGCACUAGAGCACUAUGGAAAAGCUUUACAAUUCAUUGGAACCAUGGGAAGACAUUGUGUCUCAGUGCCAAGUUCUCCGCGACCCCUUUUUGCACAUAGAACUGGUGCAUCUGAAUUGCAUAUCUUGAACAAUAAGGGUCGAGCAUAUCUAAGAGAUGGCAAGUAUGAAUUAGCCAGUGAACAUUUUGAACGUGCUCUGAAAACUCAAGGCUCCGAUGUCGAGCUAGCUACCGUGUAUAACAAUUAUGGCCUGCUGGAAUUUCAGCGCGGAAACCUGAAAAAGGCUGAUGAAUAUUUUGUGAAAGCGGUUCAAUUCGCUCGAAACGAUGCCUGUUUGUCGGAAUUCCAACGAAAUCUCGACACGGUUCGCUCACAUAUCAAUGAGGAUCAAGACGUGAAAGAUUCAAAAGACAAGGUUCAAUAA